AUGUACAGUGAUGUAGACGGUGGUUGUUGUGAUAGUUCUAGUGUUGCAGCUGAUGACGAGCCAGAAGUCUUCUGGAUUCAUGUUCUAAGGCUACAGAUUUUGGGAACUGCCCUACUUUGGGCAAGACUCAAUCUUUUUGUAUCAGAGGCAAAGCCACCAUUCCCUCUUCGGUUAUCGCUAAAAAUACAAAUAAAUAGGAUAACUUGUUUUACGGGCUUAUCCAGAGCCACUGCAGUUGGGUACUUGUUUCUUCUGUUACUCGCCUGUUCCGUCAUCAACAUUUCCUCUUCUUGUUCUAAUGGAAGUUGCCAGCUUCUGGAUUCAUGUUCCAAGGCUACAGAUUGUGGUACAGGUCUUUAUUGUGGGAACUGCCCUGCUUUAGGCAAGACUCAACCUUUUUGUAUCAGAGGCAAAGCUGCCAUUCCCACUUCAGUUAUUGGUGGAUUACCUUUCAACAAAUAUUCAUGGUUGGUCACACACAAUUCCUUCAGCAUAGUGAAUGCUCCAGCUUUACCAGGUGUUCAAAGAUUGACAUUUUAUAAUCAAGAAGACACUGUUACCAAUCAAUUGAAGAAUGGAGUUAGGGGGCUGAUGUUGGAUAUGUACGAUAUCAAUGGCGAUAUUUGGCUCUGCCAUUCAUUCCAAGGGCGAUGUUUCAACUUCACUGCCUUUCAACCUGCAAUUAACACCUUGAGGGAAGUGGAAGCAUUCCUGAAUCGAAAUCCAACAGAGAUUGUAACCAUUAUAAUCGAGGACUACGUGCAUACACCGAAAGGGCUGACUAAGCUUUUUGCUAAUGCUGGUUUGAACAAGUAUUGGUUUCCGGUGUCCAAGAUGCCGAAAAAGGGUGAGGAUUGGCCUACCCUAAAUGAAAUGGUGCGAGUGAAUCACCGGCUUUUGGUCUUUACUUCGGUUGCUUCGAAGGAAGUGGAGGAAGGAAUUGCCUAUCAGUGGAAGUACUUAUUGGAAAGCGAAGCUGGAGAUCCAGGGGUAAAGCCAGGCAAAUGCCCAAACAGAAAAGAAUCACAGCCGCUUAAUUCGAAAAGUGCCUCUCUUUUCCUUAUGAAUUACUUUUCGACUUUCCCAGAUGAAGAUCAAGCUUGCAAAGUGCAUUCAACACCACUAGCUGACAUGAUCCUCACCUGCAACAAAGAAGCCGGGAAUAUGAUGCCGAACUUCUUGGCAGUCAAUUUUUACCUGAGGAGCGAGGGAGGUGGUGUUUUUGAUGAUCUGGAUAGCAUCAAUGGCCAGAGACUAUGUGGAUGUAAUACUAUUGCAGCCUGUCAGCCUGGGGCACCCUUGGGAUCUUGCAAGAACAUUUCAAUACAUACUCCAAGUCCGGCGAUAGAUAACCUCGGAAGCUUUUCUGGACCCGUUGAGUUCUCAGGAUCCACUUCAACAAUCUAUCAUCCUAACCACUUGAUUUUUGCCUUGUUUUUAUUUCCAUGGAUCAGCUCAUCAUUUCUCUGGAACAGGUAGUUUUUCAGGAUAUCAUCUACACUUCUUGGAGGGCUUAUAAUAUGCGAUGGUACGUAAACUCCAGAGUCAGAAUUUGAUUACAAUCAAAAGAUUUCUUGAGAUUCCUCUGUUGAGGCAAAAGUAAAUAUACCUAGUUGUUCAUGUAUGCAAUCUGCUUCAUUAUUGUAUGAUUUAUCAAGUUAGCUGCAAGGUUAAGUUGCUAUUAGUCUGAUAAAUUUGUAUGCAUUAGAUAUGAGCAGUAUUGUAUUUAAGAAUAAAGUGUUUACCAAUAGUACUUAUACAGCAAUUUUAGCU